AUAAGUGCAAUCUGAGUCUCACUAGCCAAAUUACUUUCAUUGGUACAAUUUUAAUCUAAAUUAUGCAAAACUAUUAGAUUAUUGCGAUCGAAAAAUAUGUUCAGGGUAUUGAUUAAUCUUCAACUUGAAGUGUUGCUGCCGACUUCUGAGUUGCAGAUAGAUGUUUGGCUAAUAAUGUUACCAUUAGAGAAAAUAUGUCUACAAGUGUUUCUUCAAAGAAGUUAUUCUGUUCCGGCUGUUACUCAAAGUGUUCCAGUUAUAAAAUUACCUCGAUAUAUAGACAAACACAUGAUCAAACUUAAAGAAAAAGAACUUAAAGAACGGAACAGUAUCAAAAGAAAAAUACUUUAUCGUGGUAAUACAAGCAUCCCUGUUAUCUCCAGUACACAGAAGGAAUUAAAUCAUUACUUAGGUCAAAUGUAUAAUGAAAGAUACGCAUUACCACUACUUUCAAAAUACUGGUUCAAAACUAAAACUUCUGGUCAAAAAUUUACAAUUAGUCCUUGGGAGUCUAAUCCAUCCUUACCUCUGCCUGUGGAUGAAGCCAAGAAAUUUGACUUGCCUGCAUAUUUUUCAGAUUUUGAUUUAGAUAGCAAUAUUUUGCAAAGCCUUAGUACAUUAGGUCUUGAAAGGCCAACCCCUUUACAGACUCUUGUGAUUCCAAAGUUGUUAGGCAAUGAUCAUGUGCUAGUUGCAGCUGAAACAGGCUCUGGGAAAACUGUUGCAUAUUUAGCACCAAUUCUUCAUCAUAUAUUACGUAAAAAAGAGAAAAUGCAGUUACAUAAAAGUACACCUUUAGGCCUUAUCAUUACACCUGGAAGGGAAUUAGCGGAGCAAGUUGCUGACAUGGCUUAUAAAUUGGGUGAAGCAUCUGGCAUUGAUGUGAAGGUGCUUGUUUCUGGUGGAACUAUGCAUUCACAUUUAAAACCUUCUGGAUACAUAAAUAUUGAUCUUCUAGUGGCAUCUGUUGGAACACUUGGAAAUCUUGUCAAAGGGGGUGUGUAUAAGCUUACAAACCUGCAGUAUGUAGUUCUUGAUGAAGCAGACACUUUGUUGGAUGACAGUUUUGUUGAAGAUACUAAAAACAUCCUGAAAAGAUUACCGGUUCAAACACAGUUUUCAAAAAGUGAUUUAAAUUCGGAGGAAUGGGGUACACAUUUAGUCUUUGUCAGUUCCAUUUUUCCUUCUAACAUACACAGCAUUUUUGAUGAUAGUCUGAAGGAAGAAAAUAUUGUUAAAAUAAGGUCUCCAUACCUUCAUAGAGUUUUACCACAUGUUUCGCAAAAAUUUAUAAGAGUUAGCAAUGAUAGUAGAGCAGGAGAACUGCUGGAUUUAGCGAAAAAUGAUUUUCAAAAAAAGAGACCAGUGCUAAUUUUUUGCAAUAAAUCACCAGCAUGUGAUUGGCUAUCUUUAUUUCUAAAAGAAAAUGGAGUUCCAAAUGCAAAGAUCCACGGUGCUGUUUCUCCUGUAAAACGAUCUGAGAACUGGCGAGCUUUUCAAAAUGGUGAAGUCAACGUCAUGUGUUGUACUGAUUUAGCAUCAAGAGGUCUGGAUACACAAUGGGUUAAACAUGUCAUCAACUUUGAUUUCCCAAAUAAUGUUUCUGACUAUAUUCUUCGUGCUGGGAGAGUAGGACGAGUUGGUUCAAAUAUGGGAAAAGUGACAAGCUUUGUAGUAUCACCUUCUGGAAUUUAUACAGUACAAGAAAUAGAGAAGGCUGUCCGAUGUGCAACACGUAUACCUGACGUUGAUUCAAAUAUUAAACAGAAAAUUAAGAAACUGUUCUUUUCCCCAUAAUAUAGGUAUUUUUAUAAAUUGCAUCAGUUCUAAAGUUUAUUUGGGAUUAAAUGCUUUAAUAAAAGCAUUAUAUUUCUGAUAAGCAAAUGUUCAUAGUGUGUGUAUAUACUGAAAAUUCAUACUUUGGGAUAUCAUGAAAAUAAAUUGCAUUAAUAUGUGCUGCGAGUAUAGUCAUAAAUAUG